CAAGACGUCCAUGCGCGGAAAGUGCUUCUCGUCGGAGUGAAAUCUCGGACUUGACGGAUCAAUAUGGAUUGAAGGAGCGAGUGGGAAAGUCGGGCUCCAGUUGGAGGAAUUUGGUCUCGGACUCCUAUCUCGGGUCGCGAAGGGCAAAUCCUGACGGGACGAUGCUGCGUGGGAGGCGGAAACUUUUGUUCUCAAUGGGACGGAGACACUGCGCCAGUUCGAAGAAAGUAACCGCUGAAUUCGAAGAUAAGUAUGUUUCUGAAAGAGUCGAAGUAGGAUGGGAACAAGAGUGGUCUCUGAAGCGUGCUCAGCGAAACGAUGCUCCGAAUGAGACAACAUUUCGAAUGGUUCUGCCCCCGCCGAAUAUCACGGGAGAUCUUCAUCUGGGUCACGCUCUGACGGUUGCGAUCGAGGAUGCGAUUUGCAGGUUCCGAAGACUCAGAGGCUCAUCCGUAAUCUGGAUACCCGGAACCGAUCAUGCCGGCAUCGCCACUCAAACGGUCCUGGAGCGUAUGCUGGCGAGCCAGUAUGAACAUCCCGCGCGGAUUUCCGAGGAGCAGCGUCUCGAUCUCGCCCGAAAAUGGAGGGGAGAGAAGGAAACAAUCAUAAACUCCCAACUCCGUCGACUCGGGGCUUCGCUGAAUUGGAACCGUUCCCUUUUCACCAUGGAUGAAAAAAUGAGCGCGGCGACUAUCGAGGCGUUCGUUCGAAUACACAGAGCCGGGAAAAUCUACCGGAACCGACGUUUGGUCAAUUGGUGUUCCGCGCUCCAAUCCACGAUCUCAGACAUCGAAGUCGAUCAUAUGAAUAUUAAGCCUAAUCAAAAAGUCGACGGAGUAAACCUGGGCUGCAUGCAUCAGUUCGCCUAUCCCGUGCUCUCGAGUAGUGAUACAGGAUCUCUUCCAGGCGGGGAAGUCGUGGUCAGCACAGGUCGUCUGGACACUAUGCUGGCUGACGUGGCUGUUGCCGUCCACCCAGAGGACAAAAGAUACGCACAUUUGGAUCACGGUCAAACCGUCCUAGAACACCCGAUCACAGGACGGAAACUGAAACUAUUGAAAGAUUCUCAGGUGGAUAAGGACACGGGAACCGGUGCCAUGAAAGUGACUCCGGCUUACUCUCGUAUCGAUUACGAUAUGUGCACUAGGCACGGAAUCCAGGACUUUCUCGAGUGCUUCGAUGGUGCAGGUCUACUGACAGUCGAGGGGUUCAAAGGCGACUGUCGAGCGAAAGCUACGAAUAAGCUCAAGAAGCGUCUCGAUGAGCUGGGUUUAUACAGGGGCAACACUCCGUGUGAGAGAUCGAUUCCGGUAUGCAGUAGAACCGGAUGUCUCGUGGAUCAGAGGCUCAAGUCUCAAUGGUUCUUGAAAUGCGGAGAACUGAGCCAGAGGGUUCUUGAUGAGAUACAGUCCGGUCGCUUGGAGUUGAUACCAGCGUAUCACGCGAAGAUCCUUCACGAGUGGGUCUCAAAGAGUCAGGACUGGUGUCUGUCGAGGCAACUUUGGUGGGGCCACCGCAUUCCAGCGUAUCUGCUGCCCGACGGGCAGUGGAUUGUUACGGGCGAUCAAUCGUCCGUUCCUCGAGAGGCCGAGCAAGAUCCGGACGUUCUCGACACGUGGUUCUCUUCCGCCCUGUAUCCUCUAGUCGCCUUCGGAUGGCCCCAGGUCGGGAAACCUCCUCCGUUGGAUUUGAUGGAAACCGGUCAUGACAUUCUCUAUAUGUGGGUAUUUCGAAUGGCUAUGAUGUCUCUAGAGCUCUGCCAGCAGCUACCGUUCAAGAAAGUCCUUCUACACGGUCUGCUCCGCGACGCAAACGGUCGCAAAAUGAGCAAAAGCCUCGGGAACGCCAUCGAUCCGCGACACAUCAUCGACGGAGUGACUUUGGAGACUCUGCAGAAAACAACGGACAAUCUCCACGCCUCGGGGUAUUUGGACGUCAAGCAGAAGACGGUUGCGACGAAACUGACGAAACAGUUAUUUCCUCACGGCAUCAAGCAAUGCGGAGCCGACGCCCUCCGUUUCACUUUGAUGAAAACCGAUACCACCGGUCAAGACAUCCCUUUCGACGUCAGGAAAACCGUCGCAAGUAGGAACUUCUGCAACAAAAUCUGGCAAGGUGUUCGUUUCUUUGUCAACGCGAGAAAAUCUUCCGGAUAUUCGUCCGUGGAGCUGGACACCGACGAUCAGAGGCUUGACAUCGCCGAUCGAUGGGUCUUGAGUAAAUUUUCAAGAUCGGUGAAACUCAUCGAGCAGUCGUUGGAGUCCUACAGCGAAAUACACCAUGGCUCUCACCAGCUUGAGAAGUUUUGGACCUCCCAAUUUUGCGACGUGUAUCUGGAAUUCGUAAAAAGCGAUAUAUCGAGAUCCCCAGCAGUCUCCUCCAGGAGAUUGCAAGUCCUGGAAACGAUUAUUGAGUCCUUCGUGAUCAUUGCGUCGCCUUAUUUGCCGUAUCUCAGUGAAGAAAUUCACCACAAACUCCAGCUGCUCAAGGGGUCGAAACGGGAGCUAUGUACUUCGGUCCAGGACUCCUCCUGGCCAUCCGCGCAUCGAUGGAUCGACAUCGGAUCGGAAGAGAAAUUCGACAUCGUACUUGAGAGACUGAGCGAAGUUCGACGGGUUGUGGAAGAAGAAGGUGUGGAUGAAGCCUUGAAACUCAUAGUUGAUCUCGAUGAUUACGAUAGCCGCGCAAUAUGUGCUCUCUCCAAGAUCGAGCCCCGCACGGCGGUCGGGACCGCUGUCCCGAAGAAUCCUCAGUGA